GUUUAUAAUGACACUUUCCUCCUCUCUCUGCAGGCUCUUGCUGCCAACGCGGGAACAGGGCUCGCUGCCGUGGAGCCACAGGUGGCCAUGUUCUGUGGAAAACUCAACAUGCACGUCAACAUUCAGACCGGUCGCUGGGAGCCCGACCCGUCAGGAACCAAAAGCUGCGUGGGAACCAAAGAGGGCGUGCUUCAGUACUGUCAGGAGAUGUAUCCAGAUCUUAAAAUCACCAACGUAGUGGAAGCCAACCAGCCUGUCCGCAUUGAGAACUGGUGCAAAAAGGAGAAGAAGGUGUGCAAAGGCCACGCCCACAUUGUGGUGCCUUACAUGUGCUUAGGAUCACGGUAAUCUGCAGCGGCAACA